ACCUACAACAAGACCUGAGGGGUAUACCUCACGCAAACAUAGACACUAUAUCAACACAUACAAUUUCUCGGUGUAGCACACUUGGAAAGACCACAUACGCGGCGGAGCAGCGGAUCAACCCCACAGCUACACGACAGAAAUCGACGCGGCAUGGCGGGAAACGUCGGGGACAAGGCAAUGCAAGGGGAGUGGGAAGAGAUUUUAGUUUGUGUAUUCGAAAUUAAGGAGUGCAUGAUAAUGGAAUUUGAAGGUGUUUCAUGCAAUAUUCUGGACGAAGAAGGGAAGCAACAAGCGGGCCCCUUCAAUGAAGAGAAUGGUUUGGUGAAACAGGAAGUUCGGUCAGGAGAUCAAUGCUUUGUACUGAAAGCACGCAUCAAGUUCGAGAGGUCGGUGUCACGAUAGGUUAUCCAUUCGGCUUGCUUUUCCAAAACAGAGUUCCUGGGCCAUUCGAUACGUGUGUUCAUAUUUAAGCCUCACGACGAGGAGCCCGUUGCCUUUGCCCUUGGGGCAGAAGAUGGAAAUGCAAUUUGUUAUUGCUAAACUUUGCAUCUCUAUUUCGUCCUUCCAUCUCUGGCUCGCCAUUACACCUGCAAGGAAAGGUUUCGGGAGGAAUUCACACACAAGAUGCCGAGGCAUGGAAGGCAAUUCAACAUACUGGUUAAGGUUUCCUUUACAUGUCAGCCAUGAAAUGUUUAAAUGUCAGGAUGGAAUUUAUACUUAAAAGAGGCGGAAUGUCUGGUUUAGUGUGAUUCAAGUAUUCUUGAUACACGCGUCGUCGUUGUGGCUCUUGACUGAUAGAAGGAUCUUGCACUGCUUGUUUUAGGUUAGAUAUCAAUAUCGCAUAUCCCCAACAAUGGUUACCUUUCAGGAAGAGUUCAUAUUU